ACGGCCGUUCUGUGUGAUCAUUGACGGGGGUCUGGGCCGGCAGGGACUCGCUGUCCGCGGCCUGUUUUGACGCGUCGCUUCAGGGGAAACGGUUGCUUCAAACGGUUUAUUGACGCGUGUAAAGCCAGCCCCUUCCCCCGCCUCCAGGAAAGCAGGCAGAGCCACGGAACAGCGGCCGGGUUUACUCUGAACCCUCCGCGUCGACCAAACGACAACUUUGGCGCAGUUCAGAGGACUCAAGCUGACAGAAAACAGCGCGGCUGAGGACGCGAACGGCGGCUGAAGCGCUAGCGUUAGUGCGGUCAACAUGGUGACUCUGUCGUCCGCGGUGAGACCCCUGGCCUCCCAGCUCCACCGACAGCUCGGCAGACGGCUCCGGACCCCGCGGGUAACGCCUGUCAGGAGAUGCAACCUCACGGCGUGCUCCAGCAAAUACGUGCUGUCUCAGAUGCAUCCCAUGUGGCAGGGACCCCUCGCGGUACCAGGAGGUGAUCGUCAGUCUCCCAUUGACAUCGUUGUGCGGAAGAGCAUCUUUGACUCCGAGCUGAAGCCCCUUGUCACCGAUUAUGACCCUCAGACCUGCCAACAAAUCUGGAACAACGGUUACUCCUUUCUGGUGGAGUAUGAUGACACUACAGACAAGUCCACGCUGAAAGGGGGUCCCCUGAAAGACCAAUUCAGGCUGUGCCAGUUCCACUUCCACUGGGGUGAGAGCAACGCCUGGGGGUCAGAGCACACGCUGGACAGGAGGCUGUUCCCUGCAGAGCUCCACCUGGUCCACUGGAACUCUGACAAGUACAGUUUGUUCGAGGAGGCGGUGAUAGAGGACAACGGACUGGCUGUUAUUGGGGUCUUUCUUAAGGUGGGAAAGAGACACGAGGGGCUGCAGAAACUGGUAGACGCUCUGCCUGCUAUCAGACACAAGGGCAGCGUGGUGGAGUUCACCAGAUUCGACCCUGCCUGUUUGUUACCCACCAACACUGAUGACUACUGGACGUACCACGGCUCUCUGACAACCCCCCCUCUGACGGAGUCCGUCACCUGGAUCGUUAUGAAGCAGCACAUAGAAGUCAGCCACGACCAGCUGGCGGUCUUCCGGAGCCUUCUUUUCACCUCCGCUGAGGAGGAAGUCCAGAAGAGCAUGGUGAACAACUUCCGCGUGCAGCAGCCUCUCUGCGGCCGCACCGUCCGCUCCUCCUUCACUCCCUUCCUCCAGGAGGCGCCGACAGCUGAAGGCGACAAGCGCCCCCACUGACGCCGCCGCGCCCAGGACACACAGUAACACACGUCACGACCACCGUUACUCUGUGAUCAAGCCGCCAGGCUCGCUUUUCUUUUCACUCUGCCGCAACAAAAUGUCUCUCAUUGAACCAGAAAACAUAAUUUUAAGUGUAACAAAGUUUCCUCAGAGCGACUUCGGUUCUUCUUAUUGCUGCUUAUUGCUUUUUUAUGAUUGUUCUUACAAACUGUAAACCGUUUUACAUGGAGGAUGUAGGGAUGCUUCUGUUUCUGGGUAGUCGAGGUUUUUAUUUCCUUCAGCUUUUGUUUUGACUACCAGUUACAAUAAGGGAUGAUUGCAGUGGGGAAAAUAUGUUGUUUUAUUGAUUUAAUCGACAUGAAUCGUAUUUAUUUCAUGUUUACCGUUCAUUCAGUACUGUACGUGAGUGCUGCUCUCUCCGCUGAGCUGCAGGUAAAAACUCAGCAGCACUGGCCACAGUCGGUACUACGCCACAGUCUGCUCUGACUUGUAUCCAUAUAAGGAGCAGAACGCCCAGGAGAUCUGGACAGACUGGAGUCUUCUCCUCAGGAGUGCGUCUCUCGAGUAGAACACAGUGUGUCCAAUAUCAUAUCUACUACCACAGUGUCACUUUUUAAAAUCCUGUAUGAUGAGUCGUUAGGCUUGAUUGAUUUUAUCAUUUAUUCAUUAUUGAGAUGUAAAUUUUCCUAAUCUGUUACAAAGAGAUUAUACUGUAUACAGUUCAUCUGACAUUCAGAAACCUUUGUUUUUUACAGCAUGUUACGGGCAAACAUCUGACACAUACAGUAGAGUUUUAAAGGAACUCCACUGAGUCUUGGUUCUUCUACGCAGAACUACUAAAUAUGUUACUAAUACGCACAAACUAUACAGGUUACUGUAGCACAUACAUGCUUUUUAAGAGUAUUCGGAUUGAAAUAAGCCGUUAUCUUCCACAACUUUUUUUUUAAACAGUAGUUUCAAGUACCAUAACCACAGUGCCUUAAAUGUUCUCAGUGUGAAUCACUACUAUCCAACCUGUCUUUAAACAUGGAAAGUGUCUCUCUUCCACACUUUUUCCAUUAAGCUAUGGUUCAGCACAGUGGUUAGUGAUUGCUCACAGUAACAGUCAGGGCUCAGGUGACAUUUACUAUGAUCCUCACCUCAUUUAUCGCUUUUUGAAUGAAGUGGUAAGUGACAUGGAAUCAGCAGAACUUCCACAACGUACCGCUGUGCUUCAGCCAAUGAGGAACCUGGAAUAGGAAUUUAAACCUGGAAAAGACUCAGGUGGACUGAUUGGAUCAAGCCUUUAUCUGGAGGGAACUGCUGUCCUUAUCAGUCUGUCUGGUUCAGAUGGUUUUCUCUCAUUAUCUCUUCAUUUUUGUGGCUGGUGACUGAGAUUAAUCAAACAUGAUUGGAUUAAUCAAGUUUUAGUGUUUUGGGUCGGGAAAGGGCCUGAAGAGUUACACACAUUGCUGUCGUGUGAUGCAGAAUCUCUGAUCUUUCUUUUCUUUAAUGCAUGAAUAAGUGCACAAAGGAUCGUACCGUGAACAGCUGUGGUAGAAGAGAGGAGACUUUCUGAGGAAGCUGGUUAGACAGGAGACACAGAGGGACCAACUGACAACGAGCCGCCUGUCCAGCAGCGUCUGACAGAUACAGCAUGUUUGUGCUGGCUUUCACUAUAGAAGCCAAAGUCAUGGCGUCACUUCCUGUCCAGGCUCUGUUCCGCUAGCUUCUGUUACUCAGUUCAAUCCCUCAUUGGCUUUUUCUUUUUUUUUUUUCUUUUACAGCGUUCGCUCUUCUCCAUCCUGUUGUUAGCACAGACAUGUCUGAGCUGGUCGCGACACCUCGACUCAACCGUGGACUCACCUCUUUUCAGCUAUGCAGUUUAGCUGUGGAGAUGUUAAGAGGAAUGGUGUUCACUAAAGGCCGGUAAACAGAGAUAUUAAGUAAACAUCAGUAUUUGGUCGAGCCACGUGACGCCUUGUUGAGAAAUGCUCUGUUCCACGGCUGGAUCUUUAUUUACUGCCAUUGGUACUAAUGUCAACGGGAUUUUGAACGAGGCUUUCUUACUCUGGGACAGAACCCGUCUCUCUACGUGAGCUACACUUGAUGUACUUUAGCAGACGCAGUAUUUUACAAUUAAAAGUGAGCUUAUGCAACCUUGCAUCAUCUUAAGAAGUCUGGCUGUCCGCCUGCUUUGGCUCAUGUCCAGCCGUCGUGGUGCACUGGGGAAUCUAACUAUCAGCAGUGUUAGGAGACAGAGAGAUCUGAGGAAGAGAUGGGGAGGAGAGAGAGGAGGGGAGGUGGAAAGCUCGAAGGGAGAUGACGGUUUUGUUUCAGCCACACAACAUGAAAUGGUCUGUUGAGUUUCUCAGAUUUGUCUGAUUUCACAUCUUUUGCUUCAGGACAGGAAACUACAGUUAAAACCUGAAAACCACAUUAAAGGAAGCGUAUUUGGCCACUUCUCACAUCCCCAUGUGAAAGUUUCCUCCAUUGAUGUAAAGCUGAGUUGAGGCUGGGGUGAGAGGUCACGGUUGUCUGUCUAAUCCCUGAGUAACAAUGCAGCUGCCCAAACUGGCCCUCCGCGUCUUUCGAAGUAGCCGUUCCUCCCCUCCGAGGCUUACAUCAGGCGAACACACCCUGCUCCAUCACCCCCAGUCAUUGGCUCCCCAGUUGAGGCCCAGCAUGAGGCCAUACUCUGAACAGACUAACUGGAUAUGUACUGAAAGGAUUUGACGCUCUGUGACCUUGAUUUGUCAUGAAGGCUGCUGAUUUGGGGGCUGCAGAGGGCAGGUGUCAGGGUUAGAAGAUUUAAAUGCAGAUAUUUUGGAGUGUACUUGUGGAAUGUGAUGAUUUGACGCUUUGAGGAGUGUUUCACGGUUGCUUUUGCUCUUACAAAUGAUGCAAUCCAGAAUUCAUGCUCAAUCUACUAUACUGACAUGGAGACAAGGGACCGAGUACUGCCUUCAUAUUGUACACCUGUGCUUUAUUGAUGUGUUUGAAUUGUACGCCAUUGUCUGCCUUCAUGUUUCAUGCCAUUGUACUCAUGUAAGGUUACUUUUUUUAUGCCUUUUUUAAACUUUGAAUGCAAUAAAUAUCAACAUAUUCCAGUACAGAUGUUCAGUCUAGAGGAGAUGCUUGUGUAAAUGGCCUUUUCUAUCACAGCUGGAGUCAGCGAUGUGGCAUCAGAAAUCCAUUGAAAAGGAUUUUCAUAGAUCUUCUUGCAGCUUGUAUCACUCUCUGCCUUUCUAAACGUGAAAGUAUCACAGAGUCCUCCAUCAUGCUGUAUUCUCUUCACCAUGUUUAACUCUCUGGUUUCCUUGCCUCCUGUUGCUCAGUGUGUUUAAUGUUUUAGCAGGUGUAUGUUGUGUAUGUUGUAAACUGUAUGCAGUGCAUAUUUUAGCUGUUUAUAUGUUCAGUUAUAUGUUCGGUCGGCAGCCAGCAUUCCUGCCCUGUGGGACUUCACUACGCCCCCCUCCCCUCCCCAGUAUGCUUUGCUCCACCUGGAUGGCUCUUUAUAGGCCCCCGCCCAGCUGUGCAACCAGGAAGCGUUUUGCUCCCAGAGACCCCUGCUCCCAGGCAGGAUGUCACAUGAUUCAGAUGUAAAGUGAGCUUAAAGAAACUAACAUAUUGAUAAAUAAUUUGUGUAACAAUAAAGUCAU